AUGUAGGGUAAAAAUCUGCUUCUACUCUUCGGUUUACCCUCCGGAUGAUACUUAUUGGUGUUUACUUAGCUUAUCAAGCCUUUGGUCGAGUUUGGAGGACGGUUUACGAGUAACUCAUUCAACAUCAUACCCCAAAAUGGAGCGAUGCGCCGUCAUAUCUGCGUUACCUCGGACUGGUGAUCUUCUCCUCAACUCUACGGGGGGGUACCAAUAUCUUCAUCACCGUUGGGAACUGGUAUCGUGGAUGAGUAAACUAUGAAACGGAUAGCACAUCUAGGCGAAUACGUCACUCAAUACGGGACCUGUUAUGCUGAUGGGGGCAAGCACACCUUACACUGAGCAUCAGGUGUUUAAGAUACGAGUACAGUGGACUGCGAACUUAUCCCGCAUAACGGUCUUGUAGCCGACUAAUGUGGUAACAUUUGGAGGAGGAGGAGGCCACCUUCUUCUAUCACCCUGAGUCGAUUUGUUAUUCUGCCCUCUACUGAAGGGUGGAGAUAUCACCCUCUGUGCCAAUCAAGUCAAGGCUCCACAAAUCAGCGAACACCGGGAGAAGGAAACCAUAUAAAUCCAAACCCUCCCCCGUGCUGUCUUUCAUAUUCACGCUUACUUCCCUGCCCCUCUGCCAACCAGUCAAAGAAUAGGAAUCAUGCCCCGAAUGAGUGCAAGACAGUAUGUGGCCACCCGCAUCAGUACUCUCAAUCCACCGGGGAACAUACCCCCCAACCCGAUUACCGUCCUUCGCCAGUUGAAUUGGAGACAGUGGCAAUUUUUCCUAAUAGGUUUCAUCGGAUGGACAUGGGACGCGUUCGACUUUUUCUUAGUAUCUAUGACUAUCACGUCACUUGCGAAAACGUUCCAUAGGUCCAAGGCCGACAUCACAUGGGGCAUAACUUUGGUAUUGAUGUUGCGAAGUGUCGGUGCCAUCUCCUUCGGUAUGGCUGCAGACAAGUGGGGAAGGAAAUGGCCGUUUAUAGCCAAUAUCGUUUUGUUCAUUAUUUUGGAAUUGUCAGCUAGUUUCUGUAAUACCUAUGAGCAAUUUCUGGGAGUUCGUUCCGUAUUCGGUAUUGCCAUGGGGGGAUUGUAUGGUAAUUGCGCUUCAACCGCUCUCGAGGACGCACCCAAUGAAGCUCGUGGUAUACUCUCGGGCAUGCUACAACAGGGUUAUUCCUUUGGUUAUCUUCUAGCUACAGUAUUCGCUCGUGCCCUUGUCAACACAACACCUCAUGAAUGGAGGCCCUUGUUCUGGUUUGGGGCAUGCCCUCCAGUCCUGAUCAUUGCUUUUCGGUUAUAUCUUCCGGAGACAAAUAGCUUUCUUGAACGACGGGCGAUGAGGAGAGAACGUCGCGAAGGUGUAGAAGGCAUUGAAAAGACUGUCUGGAAAGAAGCCAAAGUAGGGUUUAAGAAGCAUUGGCUCCUUUUGAUCUAUCUUGUUCUAAUGAUGGCUGGCUUCAACUUUAUGUCCCAUGGCUCCCAAGACCUUUAUCCGACCAUGUUGGAAAACCAACUUGAAUUCUCAAAAAACAAAAUCACUGUUACCCAAGUUAUCGCGAACCUCGGUGCGAUGCUGGGCGGAACCAUAGUCGGUUACCUCUCGCAAAUGUUUGGUCGAAGGUUGAGCAUAAUCGUCGUCUGCACCGUCGGUGGUGCACUUGUAUACCCAUACUGCUUCAUCAGGAGUGAUGGGGUUAUCCCCGCGGCAUUCUGGAUGCAAUUUUGCGUGCAGGGGGCAUGGGGCGUCGUCCCAAUCCACCUUCUCGAACUCUCUCCCCAAGGUGCUCGUACUACCAUCGUCGGAACAGCCUAUCAACUUGGAAACCUUGCCUCCUCCGCAUCAUCCACCAUCGAAGCCACUAUCGGCGAGAAGUUCCCCCUUCAAGACGGACCGGGAGGUGUCCUGCGUUACGAUUACGGAAAGGUCAUGGCAGUCUUCAUGGGAUGUGUGUUUGUUUACCUCACUGUCCUGGUAUUUGUUGGACCGGAAAAUUUGGGGAGGGACUUGACCGAGGGUGGAACUGUAAGGGAACUGGGUGGGGAUUGGGACGAGAAAGAGAAGGUAACGAAGGCUAUUGACAAGGUUUAGGUGGUUAUGAGAUAUGAGAUGUGUAUCGUUUAUGAAUUUCCUGGUAAUUUUCUUUUAUCUGGACUGCGAAGGAAUGUGCACGGAGGGUCAUAUUUGUGCUUGCAAAUACCAAGGGAGUGCUAUCCCUGAAUUCAAAGGAGCCAUCUAUAAGAGCUCUUCGAGGAAAUUGAUUGCAAGACUCGGCUUUGAUAUUUAUUGAUGUUUGAAUUACCUCAAAUAAGAAAUAUGGGUUUACGCCUUUGGCAUUUGAA